AUGAGAGCCAACGUGCCAGAGCUGAUUCUGUUCAACUUCCUCUUGAAGAUGAGACUGUUGCAAUGGGGCAGAAUGGCAGUAAGCAGCUGGAACGAGAGUGCCAUUUUGAGCAAGGAGCUCAGGGUCGUCAGGGUGCCGCUGAAGAAGACGCUGCUUACGAGUCCACUGUAA